GAGCAGCUGUAACCUGUCAGAGAGAAGCUGUGAAGCUCUGUCCUCAGUCCUCAGCUCCCAGUCCUCUAGUCUGAGAGUCCUGGACCUCAGUCUCAACGACUUGAAAGACUCUGGGCUGAAGAUGUUGUGUGUUGGACUGAAGAGUCCUCACUGUAAACUGGAACAGCUCAGACUGUCAGGUUGUCUGCUCUCAGAGGAAGGCUGUGCUUCUCUGGCCUCAGCUCUGAGGUCCAACCCCUCCCGUCUGAUAGAACUGGACCUCAGCUACAACCAUCCAGGAGACACAGGAGUAAAGCUCCUGUGUGCUCUACAGGAGGACCCCCACUGCACACUGGACACUCUCAGACUGAGACCUGCUGGAGAACGAUGGAUGAAUCCAAUCCGGAGAUAUUUCUGUGAUCUCACUCUGGAUCCAAACACAGCUCACAGAAAACUCAAACUGUCUGACAACAACAAGAAGGUGACACAUGUGAGAGAGAAGCAGCCGUAUCCAGAUUAUCAGGACAGAUUUGACUUCUGGGAACAGAUUCUGUGUUCCACUGGUCUGACUGGCCGCUGUUACUGGGAGGUCGAGUGGAGUGAAGACGUUUCUAUAUCAGUGUCUUACAGAAGAAUUAGAAGGAAAGGAAACGGUGCUGACAGUUGGUUUGGACACAAUGAUCAGUCCUGGAGUCUGUGGUGUUCUAAAGGUGGUUUCUAUGUUCUUCAUAAUAACAAACAAACCCUCCUCCCUCAGCCCUGCUCCUCUUCUGGGAGAGUAGCAGUGUUUGUGGACUGUCCUGCUGGCUCUCUGUCCUUCUACACAGUCUCCUCUGACCAACUGACCCACCUCCACACCUUCAACACCACAUUCACUCAUACUCUGCUCCCUGGGUUUUGGCUCUUGUAUAAAGACUCCUCAGUGUCUCUGUGUGCUCCGACAGAUUCACUCUCCUCGGUGUAA